GGCCCUUGAGGAAGAGGGAUGUUGGAGGAGGGUGGAGCAAUGAAUAUGUAGUAAGUGAGAUUUCAAGGCAAAGAGGCUGAGCCAAAGUCCAUGGCAUAUGAGACCAAUGAGCAACAGCAUAUAAAGUCCUGCCUCUGGGAGAUGAGGAGACAGAACCCAGGCUGUUUCAUCUGGCUUUUAACAACCUAACAGGGUCACCCUCUAAUCAGUUCUGCUCCCCAGUGUUUUCUGGUUCUUGGCGAGUGUUUCUUGGUGCCCUAGAUUGGCCAUGGCUGGAUGGAGCUGCCUUGUGACAGGAGCAGGAGGAUUUCUGGGUCAGAAGAUUGUCCGCUUUUUGCUGGAGGAGAAAGAGCUGCAAGAGAUCAGAGCCCUGGACAAGUUCUUCAGACCAGAAUUGCAGGAGGAAUUUUCUAAUCUCAAGCACAAGAUCAAGCUGACCAUCCUGGAAGGAGACAUUCUGGAUAAGCAGUGCCUGAAGAAAGCCUGCCAGGGCAUCUCAGUUGUCAUUCAUACUGCCUCCGUCAUUGAUGUAGUGAACAGCAUACAAAGAGAGACCAUCAUGAAUGUCAACCUGAAGGGUACCCAGCUCCUGUUGGAGGCCUGUACCCAGGCUAAUGUGCCAAUCUUCAUCUACACCAGCUCUGUAGAGGUGGCUGGGCCCAACUCCUACAGGGAGAUUGUCCAGAAUGGGCACGAAGAAGAGCAUCGUGAAACUAGAUGGUCCUCUGCAUACCCAUACAGCAAAAAACUUGCCGAGAAGGCUGUGCUGGCAGCUGAUGGGUGGACUCUUCAAGAUGGUGGCACCUUGUACACUUGUGCAUUAAGGCCCAUGUAUAUCUAUGGGGAAGGAAGCCCGUUCCUUUAUGCACAAAUGACUGAGGCCCUGAAGAACAAUGGCAUCCUGGUCUAUAACACCAAGUUGUCCAAAGCCAACCCAGUCUAUGUGGGCAAUGCGGCCUGGGCCCACAUUCUAGCCUCCAGGGCCCUACGGGAUCCCAAGAAGGCCCCAAGCAUCCGAGGACAGUUCUACUACAUCUCAGACAACACACCUCACCAAAGCUAUGGUGAGUUCAAUUACACCCUGGGCAAAGAAUGGGGCUUCUCUCUUGAUUCCAGCAUGAGCCUUCCUAUAUCUCUACAGUACUGGGUUGCUUUCCUGCUGGAACUAGUGAGCUUCCUGAUAAGCCCAAUUUACAAAUAUCAACCCUCCUUCACCCGCCACUUGGUGACAUUGUCAAAUAGUGUGUUCACCUUCUCCUACAAGAAAGCCCAGCAAGAUCUGGGGUAUGAGCCACUCUUCAGCUGGGAGGAAGCCAAGCAGAAAACCAUCCAGUGGAUUGGCUCAGUGGUGGAACAGCACAAGGAGACCCUGAAGACAAAGACUCACUGAUUAUUGUAUGACAAGGAUGCAGAUCUGGGCAUGGUUAGGAGAUAUUUGUCAAGGUCUCCCCUCUUGGCUUCAUGCAGACUAGAACAUAAGCACAAACCCAGGUCCUACUACCUCUCUUUUACAAGACGGCCAACUUCUGGUCUUCUUAAUGCCACCAGAAAGCUUCCCACCCACUGCCCCAGUCACCCACCAAAGGAAAGAGAAAGUGAUUUGCUUCAGCUGCUGUUACCAAAGUCUCAGAUGCUGGUUCUGAGCUAUUCCAGACUUCUUUUAACAUAUAGUUAUGCCCAUUAGUUCCAGUUCCCUUCUUAAAUGCUAAAGCAUUUCUUUCCUUUUUAAAAACUCCUUAGCUUCACAUAGCUAAAGAAAAGAACAAUAAAUGUUUUCAUACCUAA